AUGGCAAUAUACAAAGAAGAAAAAAUAGAACUGAUUCCACCAGUACUUGGAAUAGACGAACGAGAACUGAUUUUUGUCACUCAAAAUAAUAAAAAUGAGGAAAGUUAUUGGACAAUCAAACAUUUGUUAAAACAAAUUAAAGAAAACACCAUCCCUAUUUUUGAGGCAAAAUUUCUUGAUGCAACAGCUGUUUUCGCCUUCGAUAACAAUGAUACUCUUAUAGUGCAAAAAAUAAAUAAAGGUUUCAGAAGAAAACAAAGUAUAAUGAGACUAACAACUUUUAUUGAUAUUAAUAGCCAAGUAAAAGUACAAGAAAUAGUAUUCGAGCAGAAUUACUUUGACUCUAAUAUGAGAGGAAAGCCAAAAGAAAUUAAACAUGUAUUAGAAGAAAGAGAACUUUUAAAAGAUAGGUUAAAUUUAGACUGCUUAAUGUGUAAACAAAAGAUGAAUUCAGAUCAAAUUAAUUGUUGCUUAAGAAAAAUUAUAGUCUCUCAACCAGACUUUGUUGCCCAGAAGUUUGCUAUUGUAGAAUUAAUUGAAGAUGCUGGCCAUAUUUGUAUUUUUUAUCUGAAGUUUCAUUAUGAACUUAAUUUUAUUGAAAUGUAUUGA